UGAAAGCAUCUCUAAAUGGGAUUUUCUAGACUAGCCCACGCCCAUCUUCAAAACUAUCACUUUCCACAAAACCCUUUUCUCUCCAUCCUUGGCCAUGGCUUUGGUGUUUCAACAUUUCUUAAGCUGCUGCCAAGCAAGAAGUGUCUAGCUUCCUCAACCAUUACGACCAGGCCUGUGGUGAGAGCACUUGCAACUCAAGCAGCAAUCAUGGUGAAGGCGAUCAGAGUUUAUGAACAUGGCGGACCAGAGGUCCUGAAGUGGGAGGAUGUGGAAAUAGGAGAACCAAAAGAGGGUGAGAUCCGUGUGCGAAACAAGGCGAUCGGACUCAACUUCAUUGAUGUUUAUUUCCGCAAAGGAGUUUAUAAACCUUCUACAAUGCCCUUUACUCCAGGCAUGGAGGCAGUUGGAGUAGUAACUGCUGUGGGUCCUGGAUUGACAGGUACAAAAGUUGGGGAUCUUGUUGCCUAUGCAGGUAAUCCAAUGGGAUCUUACACUGAAGAACAGAUCCUUCCUGCUGAUGUUGCUGUGCCAGUCCUGCCUUCUAUAGAGCCUACUGUUGCAGCAUCUAUCAUGCUUAAAGGGAUGACUGCUUGGUUCCUACUCCACCGUUGCUUCAAGGUCGAACAUGGACACAAAAUUCUUGUUCAUGCAGCAGCUGGAGGAGUUGGAUCCUUAUUGUGCCAGUGGGCAAAUGCUCUUGGAGCCACUGUUAUUGGCACUGUGUCAACUGAGGAGAAGGCAGCCCAAGCCAAGGAACAUGGAUGCCACCAUGUCAUAAUCUACACGCAAGAUGAUUUUGUUUCUAUAGUCAACAAAAUAACAUCGGGCAAAGGAGUUGAUGCUGUCUAUGAUUCUGUUGGCAAAGAUACAUUCCAGGGAUCACUGGAGUGUUUAAAGACUCGGGGGUACAUGGUGAGCUUCGGACAAUCGUCUGGCACACCGGAUCCAGUUCCAUUGUCAGCCCUUGCUGUUAAAUCCUUGUUCUUGACGAGGCCUUCGCUCAUGCAGUAUACUAAAACUAGGGAUGAACUGUUGGAAGCUGCCGGAGCAGUGUUCACUAACAUUGCAUCAGGUGUCUUACAGGCCCGGGUCAACCAUACAUACCCCUUGUCACAGGCUGCACAGGCUCAUGCAGACCUUGAGAAUCGAAAAACAACUGGUUCUGUAGUGUUGAUACCAGAUGGUGCAGCCCAGUAAGCUCUUGUUAACUUGAAUGCAAUGUUUUAUUGAUGUUCUGUGGAUGUCCUUAGUUGUUCUGUUAAAGUGUUAUUUCGUUGGAGAAAAUGGUAGUGUUUUGUGGGUAGAGUCGUGUGGGCAGGAAAUCCGGUGUGGAAAUAAAUUGCUCCCAAAUACUUCAUGUUUCUUGCAGAAAGGUGUUCUCCAAAUUUGAGAUUUAGUAAAAUAUAAUGAUUUGGCAUUAA